AUUUGCAGCCAGUUGGUGAAAAUAAUUUGGGUAAAUAUUAGGAUUACUCCUGGUUCAGAAAUUUGAGAUUUAUAAUGGACUUCUUGUUGUUGAAAUAAUAUUUGUGUGUUUAUUCAUUAAAUCAUAUCAAAUAUUGUCACACGCAGGGUGGAAAUUGCAAUUUAUAGGAGUGAACAUACUUUUAAUUUCACGAUUCAAAAUUGGAGCCAACUGCAAAAAUUAGAGGUCAACUUUGGAACAGUGUGGAACUUUUUGGAUUAUCUUUGAAGAUUUAAUUAUUAACUAUGCUCAAAUAUCAAAUGGAGUAGUUGAACUAAUUUGACAUAAGGUGAUUGCGAUAAGAAUAUUUAGAUGAAAAACUGAAAAUGGAUAAAGACACAGUGAGGCUCAAGUGAGACGAUUAAUUGCAAAUUUGGUCCGAUAAAUUGCAAAUUAUGUCGGAUUAAUUGCAAAUUUGGUCCAUAGAACUUGUGAUGUGCCCUGUAAAGUGAAGCAAAACUCCUUGUACCUUUCAAAUCACAUCAGGCUGGCGUAAGUGACAUAACGGGAGGAUAAAUUGAGAAGAACAAUAAUUUACCUCGGACCCCUAUGUAAUGAACAUUAAGGCGGUUAAACCGAUUAAGAAUUAGUUAGUAUACAUAUCACUUGAUUUUUGGUUAUCAAGGAUUACAAGAAAAGCUCUUUGUUAACUGUUUAAUCUUCUUUAGUGAUCACCUUGAAAGACUAAGAUUGCAGAGUGUUUCACUGUCCUUUCAAUUAUAAUCAAUAGCAUUGAGGCAUGCAAAGAGAAUUUUUAAUCGCAUAACCCCUCUCAAGUAGUGAGAAUGAAUUCACCCAUAAAAUUAAACAGUAACGAUUUUGAGUAUUUAACCCUGAGCGACCAGGAGUACCUAUUCACUAUUGAACGUCUCUACCUAUUAAACAGUGGUAAACUUAAGCACUUCCACACACUAGGGCCUUGGCACCAAGUGAAGUCAAGAACACUGAAUGAAAUCAUAGAGCGCGUUGCGACUCCUAAUCCACGCCCAUGCUCCAGGGGUCACAAGAAAGGACUCUGGUGCGUACAGGAUCCAGAUUAUAUCACCGGACCAAAGAUCUUGAAAUAUCAAAGGACAACUGAUGAAAGCUUGGACGACAGUGCAGCAUCGACAUCUGCGCAAGCUCUUGACACAAGUACCGAUAGCGACAGAUCCAGGACACCCAAACCGCCCAAAGUACCGAAAAACAAGUACUCCAUCCCGCGGAAAUACCAGGUAAUUCCGAAACCUUCGCCGUGGAUAGUUAUGGAGCCCUCUAAAAAGAAGAACUUCAUUUGCGAUGACCCGCCCGAUCCCUCAUAUGUCAGGGAAAAAUCUAUGAGCCUGCCAAGGUCAGCGCCAGUUCGAAGGUCGACUGCUCGGUCUCGAGUCUCGUGGCCGGGUACGGGAGCAAGCGAGAGGUACACUAUGAGCCCGUUCUCAACCUCAGUCAGCCACAACGAGCUUGAACAGAUAGUGGAGCGGGUCACCAGACCUACUCAUGCCAGCAAGGGCGGGGUAGACCUGCAGGAAAAGUUCAGGAACAAAGACUAUGUGUAUGGAUCGAGAGCAUGCACCCCAAACAUCGACCACAUUGCGAAGCCAACCAUAUCCAGUCGCGGCGGAAAAGACAUCGCGGAAAAAUUUGAAAAUAAGGAUUACGUGUACGGCUCCAAAACUGUCGAUCCAGAUUCACUGAAUACCAUUGUUGACAGAAUAACUCGACCAACGGUGGCAAGUACAGGUGGAGCCGGGCAGGAGAGAAAGUACACAGAUUUUGUCUACGGGGAGCAGAAGGUAUCGAAAGAUGAGAUGGAAACGAUCGUCGACAGAAUUACUAAACCGACAAUCUCGAGCCGAGGCGGCGUAGAUCUGGCGGACAAGGAAUUCAUUUACAUUCAACAGCCGAAGGUGAAAACUAACAUCAUAAUUCCUGGACUUGAAAAAAAGUUCAUUGGCCGAAAGAAGCUGUCUGCGGAUGAAAUGAACGAAGUUAUCGAAAGGCUCACCAAACUCACACCCGCGUACAAGGCAAAGUUUGCAAUAAACCCGAAUGUAUGGAAGGAUGAGUCCGCUAGGACGGGGCCCGCACAUCAAAGAGAGGCAAUUGCUGUGUGAAAAGUAAUAAAGGGAGGUAAUUGCUGAGUGGAAAGUUAUCCCUUAAUGUUUGCAGAAGAACACUGUAAUAAGAUGAGGAAAGCAAAAACUAAUUGCUUGUUUCCACUCAAAGUCUCUUAAAGAAUACAGCACUGGUAGAAAGGUUGUUUAAAAACUUUUAGAUUGUGUUUUUUUUUUACCAUACUUGAGUUGUUUCCCAUGUAAAUAAGAAUAUUCAAUGACAGAAAUCUUAAAAAAUCUCUUAUAAAUCUUCUUCUGUAUAUGUUAAAGUUAAUUUAGCCAUUAUGAUCAAAUCUAGCGAAAAUCAUCAAAAACUAAACCUUUUAUGCCAAAAAAUUGUUUAGCGUCUGCAUAAAUAAUGGUCAGACUGGUGUAGAAAACCUACUUUUUUAACCCCAAGGGAGGAUAUUGCUUUAUGAUAGAGGAGAUUGCUAUACACUUAUGGAAGACAAUAUAUAUGAUUUUUAAUAUGUUAUAGAUCUUCAAUGGUUGUGUAUCCAUGGAUAAUUGUGAAAUUCAAUAGUUUAUAUCUCCUUGAGGAUUGAAUUAAGUCAUGACAUUAAAUGCUUUUCAUGGAUUGUGGAAUUUAAAUGCAAUAAAAUCCUUGGUUAUAAAAUAUGAAAAUCAAAUAACAUAUCAGUUAUUAAGAAACUGAAAUGUUAUUAAAAUAUUCACAAAUAUCUGUUGAAACUGACUAUUGUAUUCACUAGACUUGCUAUGAUAUGUUAUUUAUAUAUUAUGUUAAAAAUGUUCUUUUGCAUGUGGUAGUGUUAAUAAUAUUUCAUACAAUCAUGUUGUUUUUGUAACUUAUUUAUUGUAUAUCUGAUUAGCAGGACUUGAAUUUAACUGGAUGUCUUUGCCCUUCUUAACUGGUAUUUUGAAUGUGAACAUUCAUACGUGUUUAUUUUCUCAAAGCACUUAACAGUUCAUUCUGAUGCUUUGCAUUUUGUUGUGCAUUUACUAUAUAUACAGUAAUAUAAAUAAUAGUGAAUGUUAAUACAAUAUUACACUAUUCAGAUGUGUGUGCAUUUAGAAUUUAUCAAUAAUAUGUAAAUAAUAUAAAUUUGCAAUAAAAACUGACA